ACGAAUCAAAAAAGAAGUCCUUGUAACGGUCACUCAAUCUCUCGGCUUAUUCCGAUCCAUCUUCCUCAUGUUUGCACUGUCUUCACUUCGUCAAUCGUACGCUUGGACUAAGUUGGAAAGGAGGUGUACUUUGCAAUGUUGUCUAUGUGCGAAGAGCUAGAUGAAACCAGCUGGUUUUGAUUUAGUACCCAUUUUGCGUGUGUCUGUGGAAGAAGACCAUCGUACUACAUGAAGAGUAAAGCAAUCAGCCGGUCACAUCUGCAGCUUUUGGGUGUUUCUUCCGGCAAAGAUGUCUCAGUCUGGAGCACAACGCCGCACCAGUGAUGUCCUGAAACUUGCCGACGUUGCGCUUGGCGAUGAGGGUCACACUCCAGCAGCAAUACAGGAGCACAUUGGCCACUGUCUCGGUACUUACGAACGUGACGAGAUCUCCAAGUACACGGGUAUUUACUUCGUUGGCCUGUCAGCUCCUAAGAUCGAACCUUCGUCUACAAAAGGUGAGAAGAACUAUAGCUUUGACGAUGAGCAGAAUUGUUAUCGUGUCGUUGUCAAUGACCAUAUCGCUUAUCGCUUCGAAGUAUUGUCCAGCUUGGGAAAGGGAAGCUUCGGACAUGUCCUGAAAGUGUACGAUCACAAGCUUCAUAAAGAAGUAGCGCUAAAGAUAGUGCGGAACGAGCCAAGAUUUCAUCGGCAAGCAAAGGAAGAAGUUCGAAUCUUGAGCACCCUUCGGAGACUAGACAGGAAUGAUGAGUUCAAUGUUGUUCACAUUCUCGAAUACUUCCAAUUUCGCAGCCAUUUCUGCAUCACCUUUGAGCUUCAUGAUAUCAAUCUUUAUGAGUUGAUUAAGAAACAUCGCUUCCAGGGCUUCAGCUUGGAGCCAGUACGCAAGUUUGCGAAGGGAAUAUUGUCCUGUUUGGUACUCCUGGAGAGCAACAGAAUCAUUCACUGCGAUCUGAAACCAGAAAACAUCCUCCAGAGACGACCUGGUAGAACAGCGAUAAAAGUCAUUGAUUUUGGGUCCAGUUGCUAUGAUGAUCAGAUUCGAUACACUUAUAUCCAGAGUCGAUUUUACCGUGCACCUGAGGUUAUCCUUGGUAUCAAGUAUGGCAUGCCAAUCGACAUCUGGAGCUUUGGCUGCGUCCUGGCUGAGCUGUACACAGGAAGACCACUUCUACCUGGUGAAGAUGAAGCAGAUCAGAUGGCUCUCAUGAUGGAACUCCUCGAUGUCCCGCCAGAUGAUGUUAUGCAGGAGGGAAAGCGGAAGAAGUACUUCUUUGAGGAUCAAACCAACCUGCCGAAAUAUUGUGCAAAGAGAGAUUCAUCAACUGGUUCUGUCAAGCUGCUUCCUGGCAAGUCCAAGCGAGGAAAGACUAGAGGUGUUCCAGGUAGUAAAACUCUGUCAGCUGCAUUACUUGGAUGUCAAGAUGCAGAGUUUCUGGAUUUACUUUCCAAGUGCUUGAAAUGGAGGGCAGAAGACCGGAUAACUGCCAGCCAGGCAUAUUGCCACCCCUGGAUUGGUGGGGCACUGAGAGUAGUACACCGGCGUACCCUAAAGGAAGUCUCAGACAAGCCCGCUGAUGUAGUGAAGGACAACAACCCUAACAGUGGCAAGCGCCACAGAAGCCAAGACAAGCCUGCUGAUGUGGUGAAGGAGAACAACCCUAACAGUGGCAAGCACCACAGAAGCAGCAGCCACAACCGCCAUAACAGCAGCAACACCGUCAAUAACAUCAUCAGCAAGUCAAAACGAAAGCACAGGCAUCUGGGCAGCAAGAAAAGCAAAACAUCUCAUAUCGUCUUACCAGUCACUUCUCUGAAGGCAAAUGACAUUCAGGUCAAGAACAAGAAGAGUGAUCUGCUGGAUAUACCAGGAAAGAAGUCAAAGCGCAGGAGAUCCAUUACUCUUCCAUCGCUGACGGAAACCGAUCUCAUGAAGGUUGAUAGCCAGAAACUGAAACAGUUGUUGAUGCAAGAAGACCAGGAAAAAAGGGCUCUGCGUACCAACAACGCCAACUUGCCGAAGCCCAUUCCCAUGAUGGUGUACAGUGAGGUAACUGUUUAGUGGCACUGAACUUGCUAAAAGAGGCCUUACCUAGGCACUUCCAUGCAAUGCUUAGCUCGAGUUGGGGCAAAAUUCCCAACUAGACAUCCACAGCAACUAUAAUAGUAUUUACGUUUUGAGAAUUUCUUACAUUUUCUGCUGGACACACUUCUAUAAGUAUUUUCAUUAAUUUUCUAAUCCAAUCCUUAUCAUACAUGGCGUUUUGUUAUUGGCCCACCCUUGUUUCAAACAAGGACUUUGGGAGAGUUUUGUAAUAGUAUGGUAGCGAGCUCAUCACGUAGUAUGAUAGUAUAAUCUUGUAUUGCAGUAGCUGGAUCUACUCAUACUGUCAAUUCAAUAGCUCUCUUUUAUAUCACUAGAGCACAUUCCUCAGACUACUAGUUUAUUUAUCUGUACACUGACAUAUUUUCAGCGAGAUUAUUCUCGAGAUUAUUCUGUUGACAAUUAUAUUCUUGUUUUUCACAUAGUCACUUCAUAUCGCACGUGGUCACUUCAUGUCACACAUAGUCACUUCAUGUUACACAACCUUUCAUAAGAAGAAAGGAAUUUGAGCUGACAACCUUUCAUUCUAUUCUUUAUCGAGAACUUGUACGAUGUCAUGUUA